AUGCUAAUCAAAUUACCAAGGCAACUGCUGGAGCCGCCCAUCCAUCAAAUGGUGAUUCGCGUUCGUGCUGUUGCGAUAUUCUGUUAUUGUAAGACGCAUAAUUGUUCCUGCAGCAUAACUUCCCGGCCAUCUAAUAGGGCGGAUCAGUUGGAUCCCAGGACAUGGAGUGUACCCCUCGAUUCCUCAAACUGCUGUGGCCUCAUAGUUCCGACCAAGGUCAGGGAGAGCCAUGACGUGAUUCAACCAUGUGGACGUCGUGCUGGCUGGAAGGGACUUUCGGUGUGCGCAGCGUGCCUCAAGUCUUUUCCCAAGAUGAGUGAACUGAACCAGCAUUACAUCUCAAAACACAAGGAAUUGCUGGAACGUGAGUGGACUGCGGCACUUACUAAGAGGCAGCUUCGAGGCUGCAAGGCAACAAAUCGGAAACAGCAUUUGUGUGAUCGUCCGCGGGCCCAAAAACAACCCCUGGUAUCUGCAGACGUAUCAAACAGGAUCCCGGCUCCACACCCUAUAGAAAUGCGCAGCCAAUCGCGAACAGAGGGAAUGGGCAAGAGUUCGCGGAAAGGCCACUUUUGUCCAUGGUGCAACUAUUGCGCCAAGUGGCCAACGGAACUGCAGAAACACAUGGUGGUGCACGAUAAUUCGAGACCCUACUCCUGCAUAAUCUGCAGUAACUGCUACAAGUGGAGUUGGGACCUGGGACGUCAUUUCUCAACCGUCCAUGCAGGUCUGCCAAAUCCCUACAAGCUAAACAAAAAGUCUUCUCGUAUUCAAAUCCGCCGGUCCAUUUGA